AUGUCUUCCGAAUCAACAACUCCUAAACCGUUAUUAUCACCGAACCGAAGACCAUUGAAAGUAUCCGAUGAAAAUGCGUCUAACGAACAUGAAUUAUCUUCAUCAGCAGCAAGUGAAGAAAGUCAUGCAUUGCUAUCCGAAACUGUCACAACAUUGGCCAGUAAUGUUUAUAAUGAACUGGAACGUAUUAUAAAGAAUUUCGGUGAAAAUAGCGUGAAAGAUCUUAUGCCUGUGAUGAUUUCGACAUUAGAAUCAUUGGAUAGUGCAUUACACGAACGUGAAGUUAGUAAAUUAGAACUCGAAUCAUUAAAAGAGCAAAAUGAACAGUUAUUUCAACAAUAUGAACGUGAAAAAGGGUUUCAUAAAGAAUACCAACAACGAUAUCUACAAGUGGAAGAUAAUCUUGAAGAAACCAAACGUGAAAAUGAUGAGAAAUUGCAAAGUCUUGAAUCGAUUGUGAAAAUCUUCGAAAUUAAAGCAAGAAAUGCUGCUGAUCAUGUGGCACGUCUUGAAGAGAAAGAAAAUGAGAUGAAAACGGAAUACAAACGCUUACAUGAACGUUAUUGUGAAUUAUUCAAAGCGCAUUGUGAUUAUAUGGAGAGAACCAAAAUUUUGUAUGGAACCGAUCGAGUAGAUCAGUUAUCUUCAACAAAUAGUGCUUCCCGUUCACGUGGUAAUCUACAAUUACCAUUAACUUCACAAUCACAAUCAACGGAUAAAAAGCAAUUAAGUCCCAAUGACUCAAUCAAUGAUGAGAUAACUCCUACACGUGCUGAUAUUUCCUUCCCAUCUUAUAAACAACCCAAUAUUGGUGCUAAUUUUCGUUCUGAACUUGAAGCAGCAGAUGGUGCACAAACUCAAACUGAAACAAUGACUAGUAGUACUGAUGCAGCUGUAAAUACAGCGAAAUUAUCCAAAACGAAAUCCAGGAUAUCCAAUGUCAAUUCGGACAAAAAGUCCGACGAAGUAUCUUUAGAAGAAUAUGCAUCAGGUCGGCUAGCUGUUAAGAAUAUGAUUCGAUCCGAUGUGGAACUAUCUAUUGAGAUUGUCUUGUUUAAUCUAGAUUUCGAUGAAUCUUACAUUGAAAAGUACACACGCGGAAUAUUCUCGAAACUACGAAGUCUCAAUCUUCUAUCGGAACCGUUCGAUGAACGACAAUUCUUCGAUAAUGAAGAUGAAUUCGAGCCGGCAAACAAUCCUACAGACGUUGCAGCGAGCGAUGAUGACGAAGAGAUCUCAGUGGACGAUGCAAAGAACUCCGAAGCUUUCUAUAAAGAGACACGAAAUGAUAAUAUCGAUAUAUCCGACGUGGAUGCAUCCGCAGAUCUAUUCGUUCGACAAAGUUUCUAUGGUAUGACGAAAGAAGUGUCGAAUUUAAUCAAAGAAAACAAUGAACUUUUGGAAACCAAAAAUGCAUUGAAUGUGCUGAAAGAUGAUCUACUAGUUCGAAUUGAAGAAUUAUCAAAUGAACAAGAAAUGUUACGUGAAGAAGUGGGGUCAUUACAAUCAGUGAAAGGUCGAUUACAAACAAGAAUCAACGAAGUUGAAGAAGAACUUCGUAAAACACGUGAAGAACUUGAGAAAAAGAAGAAAGAAGAGGAAAUCUUUGAGCUUUUGUGGGGUGAAGAUGUACCGACGGCAGAUAGAAAGCGUUUUACCCGAGUUGAAAUGCAACGUGUUCUUCUCGAACGUAAUCAAUACAAACAACGGCUAUUCGAACUCGAAGAAGCUAUCCAUUGGCACGAUGCAUUACGUGCGUCGAAGCAGGAACAAAUGCAUACAUCAGCGAGCAUGACUGCAAUACAUGAUACAUCAUUUGAUCAUUCGCAGAACAAAAAACGAACGACGUUUUGGAAACUCUUUUCUGGCUUGUUUGGUACUGGUGUCAAAGAAGUACCACCGAAACGUAUCGCAACAACGAAUCUCUCGCCAUCAUCCACAUUGAAGAGUAGUUCAACAAAUGAUCGUAUUUCAGCGAUCAGCAGUCGACAUGAACAUGUAGCAACAGAUGAGUCUCUCCCAUUGGAUCGAUCAAUUUCAGAGAGUGCCGUCGUUGUCGAUACUCCAAAACAAUCGUCUUCCGCACGUCGUGGUAGUUCGAUAUUGAUCAAUGAUGAUAAUCGUCUACAAGCUUAUGGUUGGAGUUUGUCGUCAAAAAAUCAGUUGAAAUUGUCAGAAAUCAAUGGAAAAGUUCAAGUGAAUGUUCCUGUUCCUGUUUACUGUCGGCCGAUUUUUAAUACGAAUGACACGACACAAAUCUGGUGUGCUGUCGGCAUUGAUCUAAGUGGUUCACCUUCAUCUCUCGAUGAAUUAGCAGCAACAUCGAAUGAAACGUCUGUGGAUCAACUGAAUAAACAAUUGAUUGAAUCCUACUAUCAAAUGGUUGAUGAUCAAUGUUUGAAAUUAUCAUCAAUCGUGUGGAUUGCUGCAAAAUCGAAUGAUACAGCAAUGAUAACGAUCAUUGAUUCAAAUAAAGCAGAGAAAAUUAUUGAUACAUUCACACUUGGAAAUGCAAUAGUCUAUGCAAUGGGUAGUGUACCAGGACCAUCGAGUGCAGAUUAUUCACCGAUAAAUGAUUCGAAAUGGACUUUAUUUGAAGCAGACACAGCAUCUGCGAGUGAUGUGAAAGUUUCUCCGUGCACAAUCGCGUCGUUAACAACUGGUGGAAGUCGACUUAGCGGUGCUGAAACAUUUUCAACUGCGCAAAAUUCCGCUCAACAGCCUGCGCAAGAAAAUACACUAAAUGGCUCAACGAAGUAUCCGACAGUUUGGCUGGGCACAGGUGAUGGUUGGUUGUACAUCCAUUCAGCUACGAGUGAACAUAGGAAAACAAUUGAAAAAGUUUGGCUUCGUCACGCAAUCUACAGUAUUGUGCAUGUUCAUGGACGAGUUUUUGUAUCGCUUGCGAAUGAAAAAAUUGUUGUUUUCCAUCGUAAUACAGAUGGAACAUGGGAGUUAAAUAAUCUUCACUUGAUUGUGACGGGUAAAAGUCGAGAAUCUGUGCGAUGUAUGAUCAAUGUAGACGAAUCAAUUUGGUGCGGUGUUGCUAAUCGAAUUUAUGUUAUCGAUGCACAAACACUGGAAGUUCGAAAACAAUUUGACGUUCAUUCGCGACCAGAACAUUCAGUUCAACAUAUGACAUGGUCAGGCGAUGGCGUUUGGCUAUCGAUUCGUUUAUCAAGUACAUUGCAAUUGUAUCAUGCGCAGACGUAUCAACAUUUGCAAGAUGUUGAUGUUCAACCAUAUGUCGAAAAGAUGAUAGCAACAGAAAAGGCUGGCCUAUAUUUUGUCCAUAUCAGUGCGUUGACGAUUGCCUGUCGCCGUCUAUGGAUCGGAACGGGCAAUGGAAUAAUCAUUUCUGUUCCACUUGCCGAUAAUACAACAACAGCUCAACCGACUACAAACGCAAGUAAACCUGGUUCAGUCGUCCGUGUUUACGAACAAGCAUCAUCGCCGACCAGUUAUAUUCCGUACUGCAGUAUGAAUAAUGCACAAUUAUCUUUUCAUGGUUAUCGGGAUGCGGUGAAAUUCUUUGUCGCUGUCCCUGGUCAACCACCAUCGAAAUUGCUUCACGAUGACGAAUCGCCAUCUGAAUCGAUUCCUUCCACAUCCACAUUAAACACAACUGAUUCGUCUGCGUUAGCGUUUGGCGAUAUUCUUGUUGUAAGUGGUGGAGAUGGUUAUAUCGACUUUCGUAUUGGUGAUUCAACAACUGAGAAAUUAGAUGAGUCGAGUGUGAGCAAUCGAAAUAUUUCGUAUCUUAUUGUUUGGCACUUGGGUUCGAUUUAA